AUGUUGGGGUCCCUUCUGCUUCUGGCCCCCCUUGCGGGUGCGGCUGUCAUCGGAUCCAGGGAGAAUAGCCAGCAUUGUCCUGGAUACAAGGCGUCUAAUGUGCAAGAAGGGUCUAAUUCCUUGACGGCAGAUUUGACUCUUGCGGGAAACCCUUGCAAUACUUAUGGCACAGAUCUGAAGAAUUUGAAGCUUCUCGUGGAGUACCAGACUGAUGAACGUCUCCAUGUUAUGAUUUACGACGCCAAUGAGGAGGUCUACCAAGUUCCCGAGUCCGUCGUCCCUCGCCCCGAUGGCAAGGGAGGCGCUCGUGAUGGGUCUACUCUUAAAUUUGGAUAUGCCGAAGAACCGUUCUCUUUCAAUGUCACCAGAGGCAACGAAGUGCUGUUCGACACGGCUGGAUCAAACCUCAUUUUCCAGUCGCAGUACUUGAACCUCCGCACAUCUCUUCCCAAAGACCCGUAUCUCUAUGGUCUUGGAGAGCACUCUGAUUCUCUCCGUCUGCCGACAACAAACUACACACGCACCUUGUGGAACCGUGAUGCCCCCGGUAUUCCCGAAAACACAAACCUUUACGGUAGCCACCCAGUGUACUACGACCACCGUGGCAAGGCAGGCACCCAUGGUGUCUUCUUGGUCAACUCCAAUGGUAUGGACAUCAAGAUCAACCAGACACAGGAUGGAAAGCAGUAUCUCGAGUACAACACUCUUGGUGGUGUUUUUGACUUUUACUUCUUCACUGGAGAGACUCCUAAGGAUGCUAGCAUUCAGUACUCCGAGGUUGUUGGUCUUCCGGCCAUGCAGAGUUACUGGACUUUUGGUUUCCAUAAUUGCAGAUACGGCUACCGGGAUGUUUACGAGUUGGCCGAGGUGGUCCAAAACUACAGCCAGGCCAACAUUCCACUCGAAACCAUGUGGACUGACAUUGACUACAUGGAUAAACGACGAGUGUUUACCCUCGACCCGGAUAGGUUUCCUCUUGAGAAGAUGCGUGAAUUGGUGGGGUAUCUCCACGAUCACGACCAGCAUUACAUCGUGAUGGUUGACCCGGCUGUGAGCAUUAGUGACAACCAUGGUUACAACAAGGGUGUUGAGAAGGACGUUUUUCUGAAAACUGAGAACGGAUCUAUUUACAAGGGUGUUGUCUGGCCCGGUGUCACUGCUUUCCCCGACUGGUUUCACCCUGACGUCUCGGAGUACUGGAAUGGCGAGUUUGACUACUUCUUCAACGCCGACACUGGCGUCGACAUUGACGGUCUGUGGAUUGAUAUGAAUGAAGCCGCCAACUUCUGCCCAUACCCAUGCAAGGAUCCCGAGGGAUACGUGAGAGAUAACGACCUGCCUCCCUCGCCUCCACCUGUGCGGGGAAGUAACCCGCGUCCACUGCCCGGGUUCCCAUCUGAUUUCCAGCCUUCCUCGAAGCGCUCCGUGAAGAGAGGACCUGGAUCUAAGACUGGAUUGCCUGGUCGCAACUUCAUUACCCCGCCAUACAAGAUCGCCAAUGCUGCGGGAGAGCUCAGCUUGAAAACGAUCAACACUGACCUCGUCCAUGCUGGUGGUUAUGUCGAUUAUGAUACACACAACCUCUACGGCACAAUGAUGGGUGCGGUUUCGCGCGGUGCCAUGCAGCAGCGUCGUCCUAAUGUGAGACCCUUGGUCAUCACUCGCAGCACAUUUGCUGGAGCUGGAGCGCACGUUGGACACUGGCUCGGUGACAACCUCAGCCAGUGGGAUAAAUACCGAAUCACUGUUCCACAGUCGGUUGCCUUUGCCUCCAUGUUCCAAGUACCCAUGGUCGGAUCGGAUGUCUGUGGAUUUACUGGCAACACAACCGAAGAGCUCUGCGCUCGAUGGGCUUCCCUUGGAGCGUUCUACACUUUCUACCGCAAUCACAAUGAUAUCGGCUACAAUUCACAAGAAUUCUACGUGUGGCCCACCGUCGCAGAAUCUGCUCGCAAGGCCAUCGACAUCCGUUACCGACUCCUUGACUACAUCUACACGGCCUUCCACAGACAGACUCAGACCGGCGAGCCUUUCCUGCAGCCCUUCUUCUACCUCUACCCCGAGGACAAGAACACCUUUUCGAACGACCACCAAUUCUUCUACGGUGAUGCCAUCCUCGUCAGCCCAGUUACCGAGAAGGGUUCGACCUCUGUGGAUGCAUACUUCCCCGACGACAUCUUCUACGACUGGUACACGAGACUUCCCGUGCGUGGCAAGGGAGCCAACUCAACCCUCGACAACAUCGACAUCACUCACAUCCCCGUCCACAUCCGCGGAGGCAACAUCAUCCCCGCACGGUCAUCAAGCGCGAUGACAACCACCGAACUGCGCAAGAAGAGCUUCGAGCUCAUCAUCGCCCCUGGCCUCAAUGGAACAGCCUCAGGCAGCCUCUACCUGGAUGAUGGAGACUCCCUGGAACAGGCCUCAACCCUCGAGGCGCAGUUCAAAUACAGCGACGGUGUUCUCCACAUCGACGGCCACUUCGACUACGAUGCUGAUGCGGUGGUUGAAACGGUGACUCUGCUUGGACAAGAGUCAGACCCUCACUCUGGAUCGCGGUCUGGAAAGGCCGAUUAUGAAUAUGACGCGAGUAGUAAGAAGGUGACUGUGAAGACGCAGAUCAAGCUUACUGGGUCUUCGACAUUGGAUAUUUAG